GUAACACGAACAAGUUCAAAGUUUGGCAUUUCACGUCACAAGUCUGCGUCACCCGGCCGAGCUCUCUGCUGUACUUGCAUUCAGGGAGGACCGUGAAGGCCUCGCGUUAAGUUUCCAUUCUGUGACGGAGCGCGCGGACCGGUCACUCGGUGCUCACGCUCUCCCUCAUCCUCAUCAUCACUUUGCUCCCUCUGAGGAGGAAGAGGGCAACAUGAGCGCUCUGCUCAGCCGGCUGCAGCAGCUGCAGUGUCACUUCACCUGGGAUCUGAAGAAGGAGGACGUGGACGUGGAAAACCUGAGCACCCGACUGCAGGAGCACAUAAAGCUUCAGCUUGGGCAGCGCGGGGCAGUGACUCGAUCUUACAGCUAUUUGGCUUAUGUCAGGUAUCUUCAGGACCAACGAGAGGAAGCGCUGUCACUUCUAAACCAAUCAGAGGAGACCAUCAGGGAGAGUUAUGGUGACGAGAGUGAGAGGCGGCUCACUGUGACAUAUGGAGACAUGGCCUGGCUGAAAUACCACACCGGAGACCACGAACAGUCACAGAGCUACUGCCAGAGAGUGGAGGACAUCCUGGUACGUACAGCACCCGUCCAUCCAGCUGGCCCGCCAUCCUCCAUUUCUGCUGCUUAUUUCUGUUGGGUCCCAGUUCUCGGUGGUCCUGUGAGUUUCACCUCCUUCAAUGUGUUUCAGAAUCGACUGGAUGAGUCGAUCGAUAUGUUGGAGCGAGCACUGAAGCGGGCCGAUCAAUCGCCGUUCAUCCACCACCAGCUGGCUCUGUGCUACAAGAGGAAGAAAAUUGCAGAGCAGAGCCGCCGGCCCAACAGCGACCAGAGAGCGGUGCGGCACUGGAGGCGCCGUUGUAUCCAUCACCUUAAAGCUGCUGUGGAGAUAAGGCCGUCCUUCGUCCUGGCGUUGACUGAUCUGGCACAGCUGUAUGCAGAGCAAAGGGACUUGAGCAGGGCUGAGGAGAUUUUCCAGCAGUGCUUGAAGCUGGCAGAGUCGGAGAAAAGCCUUUUUCAGACUGUCCAUCAGCGCUACGCUGACUUUUUCUACUUUAACAAAAAAAGCGAGGCUGAAGCCAUCGCCCACUACACCGAGGCUCUGCUGUUACCACCCAGCAAGUAUGAGUGGAGACAGUGUGCUAAGAGACUGAAGCAGAUCGCUGACAGACGUCUGACAAAGACGCGGCGUGAUGGUCAGGCGCUCGCUCUGCUGGGCCUGGUGGCCAGAGCUGAGGGCGACAGGAAGAAGGCUGCUGAGUUUUAUGAGGAAGCUCUGAACUGUGACGAGGACAAUGAAGAGUACCUGUGUGCCGUGUGCGAGCUGCGCCUGGAGCUGCAGUGAGCAUCCUCUGAUGCUGAUGCUGAGCUGCAGCUCAGGGCCACCGUUGCUGCUCCUGGUUCAUCAAAUGCUGAUUUUCCCCUCGUGUCUCUGUGUCUUUGAAAGCAGCUUUCUCACAUUUAUGUUUGUGUGGUGAUGAAGAUGAAACGAAAGGUAAGCAGUCUGUGGUGCAUUCAGGUGUUGUAGGAAAAAAACGAUCUUCAAAGCACAACCCAAACCUCCGUCAUAGACAGGAAGUGUCUGCGGGCCUCAGGACCUUGAUGGGUUAAAUGUUGAAUUUUCUUUGGUGACCUCACGGCUGAAAGAAAAACCUUCUGUUUGCUUCACUCUGAUUAAUUAUUGCCAUUGUCCUGUCAGAGGUGAUACUGAACGCACCAUUACUUCUUUCAUAUUGCUGCAAACUGCUGCACAUCCAGUACGCUUUGUGCCAACGUGUCCGAGCCUUAAUGAUUAAAAUGAGGUGAGUGUUUUUGUCUUUAUUUCAGGAUUUAUUUGUUAUGUACAUAUACUCACGAUAUCCAACACAGACUGAGGAAAUAAUAGUACAUAGAUAUGAGGGUUUGCAUGCACACAGAUGUGUGGAACUGUAUGAAUCACAAAUGAUUUAAAUGCAGAAAAAAUGCAUUUAAAUGAGAAGCAGAGGUGUCAGUGAGAGAAGUUCCCAGGCUGAACAUCAGUGUGGGUGUGGUGGGCAUGCCCAGAUAUGACUGCUUCAGGCUGCAGCUUGCUCGGCUCGUAAAUCAUCAGGACGUUUUGAUGUUGGGAUUCCAACUGUCAGAAUCCUCAAAACACUUUUUCUGAGAUUUAAAAAACUCAGAAACCAGUUUUAUUUGCUGUCUGUCUUUGUACUGCUCAUAACACUACAGCUCAAUACUAACCACAUGCAUCAGUAAUUACUUCCUCAAAACCAUCAGUGUGUCUUGUGUGUGCAGGCGGGAAUAGGACCCAAACAAAGGGAUCUUAACCCUGUGAUUCCCUUUGUGUCAUCUUUGAGCUUCUGAAACCUCCAUCUCUCUCUAUUUAAUUCCCCGUUCCCUUUAAAAAAACAUUUUAGAAUAUUGUCAGGAAGCAGGUUGUUUAUUGCUUUAUACAUAAUUUGUGCCGUGAAAAAAUGAACCAGAUCUGUGAAUUUUAGUAUUUUUUGAUUUUUAGAAUAGUGGAUUUGUAUGAUCUCUGUAACCGGUGUUAUGGAUUAUCCUCACGGCCCUUUUUUGUAACAUACAGAUUGAUGAUGGCGAACAUUUGUUGCACCGUAUCUGCACAGCAAUGCAAACACGGUCAGUGAACAGUAGAGACUGUGGAGUGAUCUGUGGCCCAGAAUGGUUUUACUUUACUCACAAUUUAAAUACUGCUUGAAAUGCUGUUAUGUAAAUUAUUUAUAUGAGACUUCCAGCUUAAUUGAUCAUCUGUUAUCACACCAAGAAACUUUUGUUCAAGAACUCUUUCAAUUUCCACACCAUCUGCAUGAAUCUGCACUUGUGUGUUUCCCAAAUAAGACGAUUGUAGUUUUACUUAGAUUUGUUUGUUUGUUACUUUAGAUUCCUCCCAACACAAAAAAUAUUUGUGUCGUCUGCAAAUAAUGCUCAUUUUAAUAUAUCAGAUACCUUACAAAUAUAAUUGAUAUAAAUAAUAAAUAAUUUAAUACCCAGUACAGAGCCUUGUGGAACACCACAUGCAAAGUCCAAGCAUGAUGAGAAAUAUUCACCCAGUGCAUUACAACCCGCCUGAUCCUGUUCCAGUUUAUUAAUUAAUAUGUGAUGAUUGAUGUGGGGAAUGAGGACCCAAAUGCAGGACUCUUGCAAUGAAGCAGUGUCUUUAUUUACAGUGUAAAUAAAGUUAAAUCACAACAAUAAAUCUCCAUGUGC